UCAUAUUAUAAAGGAGAAGGAUGUGUCUAACGACUACGGUCACGAUUAAAUCUUGGCGUGUCGUGUUCAGAGAAGGAUGUGUCUCACGGCUUAGGUGGUGCAAUCUUGGAGGAGAUCCGAUUGGCGGUGUCUUCUUCUCAGCUUUUCUCGCGCACUUUUACUCCUUACAAGUCUGACCAAGCUGGCUAUUAAAUGGCGAACAAUACUCUUUCAUCGACACAGUUCAACUAUUUGUCGACUAUCGCGUUUGGUUGCUUACUAUUCUUUCACUUUUUAUCUACAAUUAUCUAUAAAAAAAAGAAUAAAGUUGAAUGAGUUGUUUGUUAAAAAGGUCCAAAACAAGGGCCAAAUAGAAAAGGAUCACUAACGCGAGAAAUAAAGUUUAGGGGGCAAAGUGAAGUUUCUCAAAAUUUUCAGGUCAUAGCAAAAUCCCAAUCUCCAUUCUCUCCAUUUUGCAGUUCUCUUUCCAUCUUGCUUCAAAAACCAGUUCGUCGCUUUCCCGCGGAUUCUCCCCUUCUUCGGCUUCCAAUUGGGUCGCCCUAAUUCCGCAAAUCGCUUCUGGGUACUCGCGACAUCAAAUCAGAGAUCCAUUUCCGUCUGAAUUCGCCUAUUCGUCGGUCGCAGAAACUCGAAUUCAGUUGCUUCUUAAGCUCCCAUGGCUGCGGACAGCAACUGACCAACGUCGCGGCUACCUUCAGAAAAGGGAGUCAAUCCCUUAACGUAUACCCGAGUUCCAUUUACACUCGGUAACUCUUCUUCUUCAAUUAUUGCUUUCCUUUUGGGAUUCUGUUUUCACGUUCUCCGUGCGGAGAGUGAUUUGGUCGCCAUGCGGCCUGUUCUAGGGUUUAGCUGAUUCAUUCCCACCUUGGCCUGGUUAGUUGACAAUGGUAGGAUAUCUGAGGGAUUGAUACAAAAGGGUAUGAUAUGUUAACUCUACGAGAAGAUGAGGAAAUGGCACCUACUGUGGAUCAGGUACCAAUUGAAGAUGGUGACUGUACUGGUUCUCCCAAAAGGGCCGUUCUUCCAUUGUUUGACGCUGCUGGUCCAGACUUUGAGCCAAGCAAUGGGAUCGAGUUCGACUCACAUGAAGCAGCCUAUACAUUUUAUCAAGAGUAUGCGAAAUCUAUGGGGUUCACCACGUCAAUUAAGAAUAGUAGAAGGUCCAAGAAAUCGAAGGAGUUCAUUGAUGCUAAGUUCGCCUGUUCAAGGUAUGGAGUUACUCCGGAAUCAGAAAGUGGGAACAGUAGGCGGUCAAGUAUGAAGAAGACGGAUUGCAAAGCCAGCAUGCAUGUUAAGAGAAGGGCAGGAGAUGGUAAAUGGAUUAUUCAUGAAUUUGUUAAGGAGCAUAAUCAUGAGCUUUUGCCAGCUCUAGCUUAUCAUUUCAGAAUUCAUCGGAAUGUUAAGUUAGCGGAAAAGAACAACAUUGACAUCUUGCAUGCAGUGAGUGAAAGAACAAGGAAGAUGUAUGUUGAGAUGACUAGGCAAUCUGGUGGGUAUCGAAAUUUCAGCGAUUUCCAGAUUGAAAUGAAUGGAGAGUCUGAGCAAGGAGGUCGUCACUUGGCUUUGGAUGAGGGAGAUGCCCAGGUACUACUUGAAUAUUUCAAGCGUGUCAAAAGGGAGAACACAAACUUCUUCUACGCGAUAGAUUUGAACGAGGAGCAGCGUCUGAGAAACUUGUUCUGGGUUGAUGGGAAAGUUCGGAAUGAUUACACCAGUUUUAAUGAUGCUGUUUCUUUUGAGACGUUCUAUGUAAAAUAUCAUGAGAAGUUGCCAUUUGCCCCCUUUGUUGGGGUGAACCAUCAUUCUCAGCCAAUAUUACUUGGGUGUGCAUUAAUCGCAGAUGAAUCAAGAUCAACAUUUGGAUGGUUGUUGAGAACAUGGCUUAGGGCAAUGGGUGGAAAAUCACCGAAAGUUAUAGUCACUGACCUCGGCAAAAACUUAAAGGCAGCUAUUGAGGAAGUCUUACCCAGUACCCGUCAUUGCUUUUCUCUAUGCCAUAUACUGGAAAAGGUCCCUGAAGCUCUGUCUCUUGUGAUAAAGAAGAAUGAGAAGUUCUUAUCAAAAUUCAAGAAGUGCAUAUUUAAAUCAUGGACAGAGGAACAGUUUGAUAUGAGGUGGUGGAAGAUGGUCAGCAGAUUUGAGCUACAAGAAGAUGAGUGGAUCCGAAAUUUGUAUGAUGAUCGUAAGCGUUGGGUGCCUACGUAUGUUGGUGAUACUUUUCUAGCUGGGCUAUCUGCAACUCAACGUAGCGAAACUAUUAAUUAUUUCCUUGAUAAGUAUAUUUCCAGGAAAAUGACCCUGAAAGAGUUCAUGAAGCAAUAUGGAACAAUUCUUCAAAAUAGAUAUGAAGAAGAAUCUAUUGCGGACUUCGAUACCUUGCAUAAACUACCUGCCUUGAAAUCUCCAUCUCCUUGGGAACGACAAAUGUCGACAGUUUACACACAUACGAUAUUCAAGAAGUUUCAAGUAGAGGUUUUGGGUGUGGUUGGUUGCCAUCCUAAAAGGGAAGGUGAAGAUGGAAGCACGGUGACAUACAGAGUUCAGGACUGCGAGAAGGAUGAAAGUUUCUUGGUCUUGUGGAAUCAAACAAACUUGGAAGUUUCUUGUAUGUGCCACUUGUUCGAGUACAAGGGUUUCCUUUGUAGACAUGCAUUGAUUGUUCUCCAAAUAUGUGGUCUCUCAAGCAUUCCUCCUCGAUACAUUUUGAAACGGUGGACCAAAGAUGCGAAGACCAGGGAACAAACGGAAGGAGGAGAGCAUCUGAUAACUAGGGCGCAUCGCUAUAAUGAACUAUGCAAGUUAGCCAUUGAGAUGAGUGAGGAAGGGUCGCUAUCAGAGGAGAGUUUUACCAUUGCUUACAGAACUCUAGUAGAGACUUUGAAGAAUUGUGUGAAUACAAAUAAUUGUAAUAAUAGUGCAUUUGAAUUUAGUGGCAAUGCUCAAGCCCCUCAUGAAGUAGAGGUAAACCAUGUAAAUGUUUCUACCAAGCCAAGUAAGAAGAAGAAUCCUAUCAGAAAAAGGAAGGUACAAUCGGAUUCAGAAGCUAUGGUCAUGGAGGCACAAGAUGAGAUGCAGCAAACUGAAACUCUAAGUUCGGAUGGGGUUCCACUUAAUGGUUAUUUUGUUGCUCAACAGGUACAACUAAACUUGAUGGAUCCGCCUCCAGAUGCUUAUUUUGUCAGUCAGCCAAGCAUGCAGACACUGGGACCACUAAAUUCAAUACCCUUGAGCAGUGAUGGAUAUUUUACCGGACACGGUCUGGGCUCAUUUGAUUUCCGGAAUCCAAGUGCUUUCAGCUACAGCUUGCAGGAUGAUUCUCAUUUGAGAUCUUCUUCACAGUUGCAUGGAAGCUCUUCAAGACAUGCAUAAUGGAUCAGAGAUAUGUCCAGAUGCUAACUGGUUCCCUAGUUUAUUGACUUGUUACCUGAAUUUCAACUGUUAAUUGUUUAAUUAACUGGUGGAAAUAGGUCCUUUGUAAGGUAAUUUAAUCAUUUAGUACCUCUGAUCGUAGAUAUUGAACACUUAACACCCUUAGGACAUCAAUCAACUGAGUUAUCCUGUGCAUAAGGUUGUCAUUGUUGUCAGCGAUCACGUCUCUGUAAAAACUCCGACCCUUGUGAUGUUUUCAUGAAUUCGUUUUCUCUGUAGUAAGAAAGAAAUCUGGGAAGAGAAAUUUGUAGCAUCGCUUGCAAGUAGCAGGUGAAGCUGGAAGAGAAAUCCGACAUCCUGGAGAAGCAGAUAUCGUUGAUUUACAGCUCCAUCUGAUUCAUGUGUUCUGUAGAAUGUAGAUUAAUCUUUUGUGAUGUAUACAUGUGGUCAUCCAGUUCAUUAAAUGUAUCUUACAUGUGAUUAACAUGUGAAUCUGCCUCACCAUGUUCUAACUCGUAAUUAACUGUGCAAGUGCUACUUUCAUAUCUCAACUAAUUUGACUUCAUUUGUAGAUUUCAUAUUUGUUUCCUUUGAGAAGAGAACACAGAUUUCAAGAAAGGAAAAAGGACUCGCAACAAACAUUAGGUAGUGGAAUUUAGUUUUUUUGUUUUUGUCUAUUCCUAUAAUGGUCAAUUACAUACAAGUUCAACGAAGUUUCAAAAUCAAUAAAUCAUCCAAUUUUGAGUUUUGGACAAAGUUGUCUCCCAAGUUUGAGAUUGAUAAACAUAAUACUUGCUUCAUCCAUUUUCCUCUUGAUUAUGGUCAAGAUUAGAGUGUCAAAUCAUCCAAUUUAAUUGCAAAAAGGGUUGCAUGAACUCUUUGAGAAGUUACUCCUAUAGUGAACUAUGAUGAUUACCAAUAAUGUGAACUCAAAUAGGGCAGUGAAUUGGGUUUUAUUUGAUCAGACUAAACUUCAAAUUAGUCGUUUAUACUAGUUAGUCAUAGCUAUUAUUGAUUUCAUUUAGUGAACACACAAUUAAUUACAACUUGGACAACAAAAUUCCGCGUAAAUAGACGGUUAGUUGUUAUGUUAGAUAUUCUUCGAACUUUAUCCACAAACUUAUCGAAAAUGAAAGUUCAGUGAUCCAUUUUGUUAUGGCUUUAAAGUUUGAAGACCAUUUGUGUAUUUAUGUAUGGUUGACCCAAUUUCUGUAUAAUGCCAGUCUCUCUCAACUUACUUUCUCUGUUUCUUUCUGGCUGUCAAAAACCUUCUCUUUUGUCAGUUUUUGGGAAAAUAUUCUCUGGCUUCAACUUCAACAGUUUCUUCUCCACCAUUUUCCUUUCUUAAGGAUUUCUUCUGGUCUCUCUCUAUCUGUUGUUGGUCUGCCCCCCCGGCUGGAGCUUUUCUCCAUUUCUGUAGGGGGACAUGUAGAGCUUUCGUUUCAGCUUCACACCGUCUCUGCAUUUUGCCUUGCGAAAAAUUUCCGUUUCUUUUCUCUCAUUUUCUCAUUAAUGCUGACAAAACGAGAGACUAAGUAAAACCCACUUCCCCAUUCUCCAUCCGUUUUGGGGUUUAUUGGUUUCAGACUGCACAGAAUAGAAAGUUCAGUUCUUUCUGUUCUUUGCUUCCAUUUUUGUCUCCUAGGACAGUUCCUUUGGUUUUUAGGGUUUUGGAGCUUUUCUAAGCUCUGGUAUUGAGCAAUUAUGGUGAGGAAGCAUGGAUGGCAAUUGCCAGCACACACGUUUCAGGUACUGAAAUUUUCUUUGCUUCUCUCAUUUCUUCACAAGUUAAGAAUUUUCUCGUUCAUUUUCAGUUUCCAUUGGAUUCCUUUUCCUUCUUUCCAGUGUUGGGUUUGCCUUUGACGAGCUUUGUUAAAAUUGUAUUCAUUUGCUUUCGAUCAUGGUUAGGCAGGUCAAUUCAGUUGUCCUGUCUUCUCUCCGCCCUCUGGAAUGAGGCUGAUUGCUAGGAAUGCCAUUUAAGAGGAAACAUGGAUGAUAUCAAGUAGCAGCAGAGCAGGAUUCCUGGGUUUCUAGUUGUCUUAUUUUCUUGCCGCGCCUUCUGUUUAGGAAAGAAGUAGAUUUUGGGGGUUUUUUUCCCCCUUAUGGAGGUGUUGAUUGCAGAUGGGCUUUUGUUUUUGGGGCUCGUUCCCAAUAUUAACCUUGGCCCAAGAUUAGCAGAAAAGUAUUGUAUUUGCGUAUACAAUAAUCUAAUCUACAACCCAAUCAUCAAAAUAUUGGCUCUUUUUCCUUUAUUUAUUUGUUGGGUUUUUUUUUUGUCAAAAAUAUUCUUAUCAGGGAAUAGUUAGAUACGAAUUGAAAACACAUCAGUAAUAAUACAUAUAAGAGAAAGAAACGGCUAUCAACGAUUAGUUGAAUUAUCAAAAAGAAAACUUUUUUUCGUCAUGCAACGGACAUUUUUUUUAUACAUAUACGGAAUGAACAAUAUCCAUGACUUUUACCAUACAAUAGUGAAAAUUUUGGAACUAACCAUACUGAAGCAUAGAAGCAAAUCAUUGCUACUAAGGGAAGUCCUUGAAAAUAUAAUCUCUGCUCCUUUUCGGCAUAGGACUAAUCACAUUAAUGUUGAUGAAACUAAUUGCAUUUUCAGUCUCAUCAUUUUUAACAAACAAGAGAAUAAUUUAUUUAUUGGUUGAAUUAUGUUAUCCUUUAUUAAUUACUAGCUUGUAACCCGACCCGUUGGUCGGAGGAGCUGAGCGGAAUAUUGAAUUAUUGGGAUAACCCGUAGAUUCAACCAUUAAGCUAAAUUGGUCUAAUGGUGAGUACCGCCUAGCAUAUCCCUAAUAAUCAUACCAAAGUGAAUAUAUUGGAACAUAAACAGUACAUCAAAAGUUGGUACAACCAUGAAGUUAGACCAUUAAAAACAUACCAAUGAAAUUGAAUAGCAUCGAAAAACUUCAACUUCAUUAUAUAAUUACAUGAGAUCAGAAAGAGAACACCAUUAAUUUGAUUUAUAAAACUUUCAUCUUGUCGUCAUUGUGCUUUCUGGUUUUUGUCAGGCCAUGAUAAAAUCUAAGGAAAUCAAGAACGAACAACACGAUUUGGGAUAGGAACCGCCGUUGUCGUAUUCCUAGAGAAUGGUGGUAAACACGGACUCACCUGCCAAACUGGUUUGGAUUGAGAUUUUUAUCAGGUAUCAGGGAACCAUGUGAUUAUAAAUUAGACUUGAUCAAAACGGGCCAAAACUUAAAAUUCAGCCUGUUUGACCGACCCAUGCAAAAUUCUAAUUAUUCGUUACUUUUAAACUUUCUAUUUGAAAAUAAAAAAUAGUGAAAGAAAAUAGAUGACUGCAAUUCGCCAUUUGCACAUCACUUAUUCGGGAAUAAAACCAUAGAAAUUCA